AUGGACGAGCCGGUCUUAUCCGCCGCUGACGUGGCGCUGUUUGAUAGGGUGCGGAGGUUGUACCCGGACGGGCAGCCCAAGGGGAGCGGCCAGGGGGAGGAGGACCGAGUCGCGUUCUUAUUCCUGACACGUGGACCCAUGCCUCUUAGUAGACUAUGGGAGAGGUACCUUCGGGGCCACGAGCGGCGGUACUCGGUGUACGUGCACACAACACCAGGGUUCCAGUAUCCCUUGGACUCGUCGCCUGUGUUCUACGCGCGGGAGAUCCCCAGCGAGAAGGUGCAGUGGGGCGACCCCUCUAUGGUGGCGGCAGAGCGACGCCUCCUCGCGAACGCCUUGUUGGAUCCGGCCAACAAGCGCUUCCUCAUCGUCUCUGAGUCGUGCAUGCCUCUGCACGACUUUCCCUUCACCUACCGCUACUUGAUGGCGGAAAACCAAAGCCUGCUGCACAGUGCGUGCAACAAUGAUUGGAACUGCAUGGGGCACUACAGCAGUCGCAUGCAGCCGCACGUGCAAAGGAACCAGUGGACCAAGGGCUCUCAGUGGUGGGCGCUGACAUGGCACCACGCCUUCCUUGCUGCCACGGACGCAACCAUCUACCCCACCCUCGCCAGAUGGUGCAAGGUGAGCGCAGGGGAGUGGGAUCCCUACGUGUCCCUGCCCAUGUCUCCUCCCCCCCUCACCCACCUCCCACUCUCCCUUCUCCCUCCCUCCGUUCCCCUCCUCUAG